UCAGUGGGAUCACGAUAACGCAAGCCGGCUACCUCAGCACACGAGCGCGCGCAGCCCGAAAGCUUUCUCGCGACACCGACCUCACCUCGGACUCCACGUCGCCAUGGUGCCGAGGCUGGAGCGCGGCGGCGGUGGCGGGUUCCAGCUCCCCAACUCCGAGCAGGAGAACUCGCUCUUCCUCCGCGCGCUCAUCUCCGUCGUGUCCGGGGACACCGCGGCCCCCGCCCUGCACCCGGAGCCAUCGAACCCGCCGUUUGCCGCUGCCGCUGCCGCUCCGGUGCCUGCGUGCGGCAGGUGCGGCGCGGACGGGUGCCCCGGCUGCGAGUUUGCCGCUGCGGCGGCCGCGGCGACGACCGGGUCGAGCAGCGAGGGGGAGGAGUGCUCGGCCGCGAGCUUCGUGAGGAACGGCGGCGUGGGCAAGCGGCGGGCUGGCGGCGGCGGGAGCAAGUUCAGGGGCGUGCGGCAGCGGCCGUGGGGCAAGUGGGCGGCGGAGAUCCGCGACCCGCACCGCGCCGUGCGCAAGUGGCUCGGCACCUUCGACACCGCCGCCGAGGCCGCGCGCGCCUACGACGUCGCCGCGCUCGAGUUCCGCGGCCACCGCGCCAAGCUCAACUUCCCGGCGUCGUCGUCGGCGGCCUCCGCGUCCGCGUCCGCUUCCGCUUCCUCCUGGGCGGCUGCGCAGCCCCAUCCCCAGCGGCAGCAAAGGCCGGAGAGCCCUCGCGAGAAGUGCGGGUCAAAUGCGUCGUCGCCGGCGCACGUGCCGGAGCAGGGGAGGCCGGUGGCGCGGGAGCAGGAGAUCUGGGACGGGCUGCACGAGAUCAUGAUGAUGGACGACGGCAGCUUCUGGUCCAACCCCAAGCCAUGAUCACCGCCGCUCAUUACCUCGUUCUCCUCAUGCUCCAUUGCGACUACAUACAUACUCCCUCCAUUUCAAAUUACUCGUCGCAAAAAUAGAUAUAUCUAAAACUAAAAUACAUUUAGAUACAUCUACUUCUAUGAUGAGUAAUUCGGAAACGGAGGAAGUACAUGAUAAAUCUCACAAAACGAGUUCAAUAAACGACAUACAUCUGACAGUUCCGUGCAAAAUGUGCACAAUGCUCAAGAGAUUCUUUCACACAAAGACUGCUUCACAAUGUGCAGAUGUCGUGUUGUACUGUUCAUCUAAAAAAAUCGUUUUGUCGUCGCUAAA